AUGAACCCACCUUUUCCUUUUGAACAACUUGUAACAGAAAUUAAUAAUGACCCUACUAACGAAUUACUUCAUCAAGAUGUUGUUUAUUAUGUUGAACAAAUGAAAGUUGACGAUAAUAAAAAACGAGAAUUAAUGGAAUUAUUAUGGCCAAUUAUUAAAUACAGAUCAUCUAAUGAAUUAAUAGAAGCAGUUACAACAGUGUUGUGUGAUCAAACAAGUGAUUUAAUAGAAGUUGAAAUCUUAAUAAAAAUGAUAGAAAACAAUCACAAAAGAUUUGGAUUAAUGUGUUCAUAUUUAAUAGAGAAGUUGAGUAAAUAUGAGUUACUUACUGAAGAAUAUGCAAAACGUAUAAUUAGUAUUAUGAAUAUAAUUGAUAUUAAAAAUGAAGAAAUGUUAUGUUGGUUAUUAGAUGGAUUGUAUUAUAUUUUUCAAUGCUUUGAUUUUGAAACGGUUCCAUUCUUUUCACAAAUUCAAUUUAAUUCAUCUAUGGAUGUUUUAAAAAGAUUAGCAAAUGUUUUAUUAAUUUGUCCAUCAGAUAAUUAUUUAACAGUUGUAUGUGAUGUAGUUUCAAAAAGGACUGAGAGUGAUUUAGUAAGUUUAUAUAUUCAAUUAUUUAGAUAUAAAAAUUAUCCUAUUGAAUAUAUCAUUCCAUGUGUUAAAAGAAUUCCUACAACAGAUGUAGCUAAUGCAGUAGCAUUAUUAAUGAAUUUUGUUUGUGAUGAUGAAAAAAGAAAAGCAGAAACAAUUGAAAAAGGGGGUAUUCGUUGGGUUGAAGAAUCAUUAAUGAGUGAUCUUUCAGAACAAACAGCAAGAAAUCUUUAUGGUUAUAUUGCAUCAUUAUUAUAUGAUGAUAGUGCAGUAAAACAAUUAUCAUAUGAUCCAUCUUGGUUUGUUUUAUUUGCAAAAAGUUUAUUAAAAACAGUAGUAGAUCCAGGAUGUCUUAAAGCAGGAUUUGAAGUUGUUUCAAUGAUAUAUAAAGAUUUACCAGAAAAUGGGGAAAUUGUUGCUAUAUUAGCAGAAACAUGUAUUAAAGCAUUAUUUGCAGCAAAUAAAUCAUUUGAAAAUACAAUAAUAGUAUUAACAUUAGCUAUUAAUAUGUCAGUUAAUGCAUCGUUUUCACUUUAUUUAUUAGAAUGGAAUUUAGAAGAAGCUCUAGACAGAAUAUUAUUAAGUGGACAAGAUGAAUUAGUUGAAAAAGGAUGUGCAUUGUUAAUGAAUAUUAUUGUUGAUCCAGAUGCGGCAGAUUUAUUAUGUGAUCAUUAUAUUUUAUUAUCAGUUGAUGUUAUUGAAAAAUAUAAAAAUACUGUUAUUGGAGCAAGAGCAAUGGGUUGUGUUGCUGCAUUUGCUAAAUCAGAACAUGGAAGAGAAAUAUUAAUUGAAACCCAAUUGUUUCAUUGUAUUCCAAGUAUUCUUGGAGAAUAUACACUUGAAUCAUUAAUUGAUAAAACAUUUAUUGCAUUAAAUUAUUUUACGUCAACACAAAAAGAUAUUGGAUUACUUGUGUCAUCAGGAGUAUUACAAGGAAUAACAAGAAUAGUAUCAAAUUUUAAAGAUACAGAUGUACUAGAGAAAGCAUUAAAUAUUGUAGUUACUAUUGCCAAGACAGAAGAUUGGCAUGAAUUUUUAUUUGCUACCAAAGUAGCUCAAAGUGUUGUUGAAACAGUUGUUUUAUCAGCAAAAACAGAAUUAGAAAUAUGUUGUAAAGGAUUAAGUGCAUUAAUUAAUAUAGCAGCAGUAAAAGAGUCAAGAGAAAAAUUAUUUUUAUUAGGAGCAUCAGAUGCAAUAAUUUAUGCAAUCGAACAAAAUAAAGAAGAUGAAGAUUUAGUUAAACUUGGGUUUGGGGCAAUAGCGAAUAUGUCAUUAUGUGAAGAAGUUAAAGAACAAACGAGAGAAAAUGGAUUUUUAGAUAGAAUUAGACCAUUUUUAGAAUUACAUAAAGAUCAAUUAGUAUUAUUAAAAAUAAUUACAUUUAUAUAUUGUUCAUGUCAUAAUAAUGAAGUAAAUAAAAAGGUUAUUAAAAAAAAUAUUGGAGAUAUAUUAAAAAAAAUGCUUACUCAAUAUCGUGGAAUUAUUCAAUUUGAACAAAAAAUUAAUUUUAUAUUAAAGAAAUAG